AGUCACGGCACACAGUACGCACCUGACACAACACCAGGGCGCCUGUCGUUUGCACACACUUGCCUUCCUAACCAGACGAACCAGAGCGUAAAAAAUGGGUGCUUACAAAUAUUUGGAAGAGCUCGCUAAGAAGAAGCAGUCCGAUGUCAACUUGUUCUUGUCUCGUGUGCGUGCCUGGGAGUACCGCCAGCUGAACGUUAUUCACCGUGCCAGCAAGCCCUCCCGCCCUGACAAGGCUCGUCGUUUGGGUUACAAGGCCAAGCAAGGUUACGUUAUUUACCGCAUCCGUGUUCGUCGUGGUGGUCGUAAGCGCCCUGUCCCCAAGGGUCAAACUAUGGGCAAGCCCGUCAACCAAGGUGUCAGCGAGCUCAAGUACCAACGCUCCCUCCGCUGCACUGCUGAGGAGCGUGUUGGUCGUCACUGUGCCAACCUCCGUGUCUUGAACUCCUACUGGGUCAACCAAGACGCUACCUACAAGUUCUACGAGGUCAUUCUUGUCGAUCCCAACCACAAGGCCGUCCGUCGUGAUCCUCGCAUCAACUGGAUCUGCAACGCCGUUCACAAGCACCGUGAGGCCCGUGGUCUUACCUCCAUUGGCAAGAAGUCCCGUGGUAUUGGCAAGGGUCACCGUCACAACCACAACCCUCAACACCGUACCUGGUUGCGUCACAACACCCUUUCUCUUCGUCGUUACCGUUAGAUAGGUUAAUGCAAUGGCAGGGCUCUGUCAGAGAUCGACGGAUGUUAAAUAAAGUGGAGCGGGGCCGUUCUGUAGCGAGAAGUGCGCGG